GACGGAAGCGGCGGGCGAAUCGCGCCCGGAUCGUGCCCGAACCGUCAUGAUGCGUGAGAUUUUUCUUCGUCUGUUGACUACACGGCUUCUGAAUCACAUUUUGUUCGUGCCUGAACGAUCCUUGCUUCCAACAGUCGGACGUCAGCCGCCAGCCGAACAUGCCUGACAUCAGACAGGCAUUUCUGAAGCUCGAGAAGGCCGCUGGGGCCGAAUUGACUCUGCUUUGGCACGAGAUAGAGGAGUGGCAACGAGACAAUGUUUUCAUUCGGCGUGGCUACCGACCCGCGUCGAAUUCGUUCAAGAAGUCAGCGAAAAGUUUAGCCUAUCUCCAUAACGAGACUGUCAACAUCUACACCCAUUUGAUUGGAGCCGUGGUUUCUGCGCUUGCAUUCUUCUGGCUAUACAGCAUCAUCCAUCCGCGAUAUGAGUCGGCAACCACGCAGGACGUUCUGGUCUUUUCCUGCUUCUUCCUCGGCGCGACAGCCUGUCUAGGCUUAAGCGCCGCCUUCCAUCUAUUCAGCAAUCAUUCUCGGUCCGUUCAAGUUUUCGGUAACCAGCUUGACUAUCUAGGAAUCGUCUUUCUCAUUUGGGGAUCGUUCAUCCCCUCCAUCUACUACGGAUUCCAGCGAGACCCGCAGCUGAUCACGAAGUAUUGGAUCAUGAUCACGACCAUCGGCGCAAUGACGGCCACGGCGACAUUGAUGCCCGUGUUCCGUACUCCAACAUUCCGCCCGAUUAGAGCUUUGAUGUUUGUGGGGAUGGGCCUGUCCGCCAUCUUCCCCGUUCUUCAUGGACUUCAGAUCUAUGGGUACUCAAUCAUGAAGGACGCAAUAGGCUUCGACUGGUUAUUGACGCAGGGAAUACUAUACAUCCUCGGCGCGUCUAUAUAUGCAGCGAGAGUGCCUGAACGCUUUGCACCGGGUAGAUUCGACAUCUGGGGUUCGUCACAUCAAAUUUUUCACGUGUUGGUGCUAAUUGCGGCGGCGACGCAUUUGCGUGGACUACUCACCGCAUUUGACUUUACGCACAGGGGGCCGAGUUGAAAAGAUGAUUCCGCAUUUUAGCAGACAUAGGAUAGCAAUUGAACUCAGCAAUCGCGAUAUGAACGAACACGUCCUGAUGAU